UCUGAAGCUGUUACUUACAUUACAGUACAUAGCUUGGAACUUCACAUUCAACACACAUACAUGCUUUAAAAUACUUCAACUGCAAUAGUGAACUCAUUUGAACUGUACUUCUCUUCCACAAGCUCUCAUAAACCCAGUUAAGUAUUCUAAUGAGCAGUUUAUUUUCAAAAGUCAGGUAUCUGCUUUAAUAUGUACUUGAGAAUGAGAGAGGGUGUGGCUUUGUAUUAUUUAUUCAUUGUUUACUGUUUUAGUAUGAGAAUGUCUGUACAUACAUGCGUAUAUGCUAAUCUAUGGCGAUGUGUAGUGAAAACAAAACAAAAGAAAUUGUGGUACUAUCCGCUCCGCAACUCUUUCGCUCAGUCUUCCAUCACUUGUCGCUCUCUCUAUUCCUUUCUUUCUCUGCUUGGCCUUCCUCCCUUUUCCCCCUCACCUUCUCCCUGUCUCAUCACUCAGUCUCAAAUUACGACGAUUUCCACGUUUGCUUUGCAUAACAGAAGUAGGUCGCAAUUUCUGAAUAGUACUGUCUCAUUUGGACCCGCCAAUAACCUCCGACAAUGAACAAAAUAAACAUAAAACAAUAAUCAUACUGUAGAAACAACGUAGGAUCACGUAGGAAGCCGAGACAUAAUCGGAAGGUAAUGGUCCUGACAAAUCUGGUGAGGAUUGGACAUACGAUAUGGAGUUCAUGAGGUUCUAAGCGCCGCCCACAACCUUGAUUAUAAGUUAUGAAAAGACCCUAAACCAGCAUUGUGAGCUCUCUGCGCAUGUCACAACGGUUAUGUAUUUCAAAAUGUUCACUGAUGUUGAGUAGUCUAACUCAAGACCAGCAAUCUGUUCCUGGGUAAAGUGGAUGUAACCGUGAAAAUAUCUAGGAUUGCGGACUGUGUGGAGCUCUCGGUAAAGAAAACGAGCUUCUGUCGUCGUGGCGCGUGGCGGCGAGCUGUGACGUCACGUAUCGAUGGGAAGGUCGAUGUUAGUGGCGGACGUUUGAAUGGCGGCCAAGCACCAAGUGUAAGGCGCGCGUGUCUUUUCCGUUGUACACGCGACUGCUUCUGAUUGGACAGACUUCAUCUUUGCAUCGUGGGACCAGAGGAUGUUAGCCGACAAUACCUGCGCCUUCCUCUCGAGCUCAGACUUUCUCUCCUGAAAUAUCGACUGUCUCGUCAACAAACAAAGAGACCGAUUUCCUCAGAUCACACCUGGUGCCAGACAAGCAUCCUUUGACCAGCAUCUUUGCUGCUUUCUUCCUGUCUACAAACUGCUUUAAAAAAAUCCUGAGUAGAAAAUGGAGAUUACUACUCUCUCAGUCGGGUCUAUCUUGGACCAAAUGUCAAGGAUGGUUCAUGAAGGAGCCUCCCUGGCCGACCUUUUGACGAUGCUGCAGGGCAUCUCGAAUGAUGAUCUCCAAAUCCUCCUCGACUCCGAAGGCAUCAGCAGCGAGAGCGAGUUGUUGUCAUAUUUGCAGAAGAGAAGCGGGGCCAACAGAAGCUUCGAGACGACGGUGAUAGCGGCGAUGCCGGAGGACCAGGCCAGGAAAUUCCUGCUCACCUAUGUGCCGCCCGUUCUGAUCGUGCUGGGGACCUUGGGCAACAUCGUCUCCUUCAUCGUCCUCAGGCGGAGGGCCAUGUGCAAAGUAUCGUCCUAUCUAUACCUCGCCUCGCUGGCUGUCGCCGAUUCGUUGGUGCUGUAUAUUGGUCUUCUCCGCCUUUGGCUCAUUGAGCUGAUUGAGGUGGAUUUCCACAACAGUUCUGACUGGGUCUGUAAGCUCAUGGUGUCUUUUGGAUAUAUAGCCAGCGAUCUGUCUGUGUGGAUGAUCAUAGCAGUGACGGUGGAACGCUAUAUUGUCGUCUGCUUCCCAUUACGAGCCUGCACCAUGUGCAACACAAACCGGGCUAAAGUUGUCAUCUGCUUCAUCGCACUGCUCAUCUUUUGCAUCAACAUCCACUUCUUCUGGACGGUCAGCUUGGUCGAGGACAGCAACAACGUCACUAACUGCCAGGCGACGCCUUCACACAUAUACCUCGUGGACGAAAUCUGGCCGUGGGUAGAUGCCUGCUUCUACUCCUUCUUACCCUUUGUCACUAUCCUAAUCCUAAACAUCCUCAUCAUCUCCGAGGUCGUCAAGGCGCGCACUCACCGUCAAAACCUGCAGAGCAUGAACGAGUACCAUUACCAUCAGCAGAGACCACAACGACCCCAGCAACGGCGCUCGACCGCAGCUACUGUCUUUGGCUGCCGACGCUUCAGCAGCCCAGGGGAGGGCACCAAGCUGACCGUCAUGCUGCUGACCGUGUCCUUCACCUUUCUCUUGACCACGCUGCCCAUGAACAUCUCGUUGAUCGUCACGGCCUUCUGGAAUCAGCAGAAACACAGCGAACGCCAGAUGGCGCAGUUCAACCUGGCCAAGACCAUCACGGAACUGCUGAUGUACGUCAACCACUCCAUCAACUUCUUUCUGUACUGCGCCACGGGACAGAAGUUCCGGAAGCAGAUCGCGGAACUGAUAUGCUGCAGUAAGGAAAGUUACUCCUCCUGGACCUCCAUGCACACGGAGCACACGCCUCUGUCCAGCCUGCACUCCAGCAAGAAAGGCAAAAAGCAUUUGCUGAUGGCGCACAUCCCUGAGGACUUUGGGUCCAGCGAGAGUGACAUGGUUUCAAUAAGAACCAAAGUCUAAGAUCUCUACCCAGCUCUCCCUUUCAGUAAUUCGAGUGGUUUUGCAUGUUUUAGAGAAAAUUUCAAGCGUUUGGGAAAUUUGAUCGAACAUAUAAAGCAAACUCAGGCAAAACUGAUCAGUGGAAUUGUUUGUUAGUGGAAAAGUGUUCUGUAGAAUGGCAGAGCUCGGUAUGGAGUGUGAAAAGACUUUUAAGAAACUCCCCAACAAAAAAGUACUGAAGUAUCAUUCUUCAGGUCUUUGGACAGUUUUACUACCGAAUUCCAUGAUAAACUAAGCAAAAGUGUGGUAAUUGCUAGGAUAUCGCCAUAUACUUGCACAUGUUGCCGCAUGUUGAUGAACUGCAUGUUUACUGGUUCCUCAAAUGUUGUGCGGAGUAAGCUACUAUAGCGGUAUUGGGUCAUUUUGAAUACAACCAUAAAGUGGAAAAACAUUCUUUUUUUUAUUUUGUCUAUGUUGAUGAAAGUCAGUUUUAUCAAUAAAGGACGAGGCGAAUGAGGCCAGUUCGUGUUUUUUUAAAAAAAAGAUAUUCCAGCUUUGUACAAUUCCAUGCUUUGCGAUAUUUGUGGUUGCUCUGUGUCUGUCUCUUGUGCAACAAUUCUGGUCUACAUUCUUACAUUCAAGACCUACGAUCCAACUUUUGAUGUUAUCUCUGACAUUUCGACAUCUGGCUUAAUUACAUGGUCAGGUAUGAAUACUCAGAUAAGUAUCCCACCCUUUCCUCCCCUUCAUUUCUGUUGUUCUCUCACCUCUCCUUGCCUUUUGUUAUUAGUGAGCAGAUGUAAGAAGAGUGUAAUUAAAUCUUCUCCUUCUUACACGAAUUCCCAAAGCUUAUCCUACUUUUUCUUUUAGUGGCCGGUUUUCUUCUAAAAAACACUUUUCCCCUUAAAUCUUAGCUCAUUCGGAACUUUCAAUCAGUUUAUUUUAUUCUCUUUAACAAACUUGUGAUUACCUAUUAUCUGAGUAAUGAGCUCUCAAAAAUAAUGAAAACAGAAAUCGAAUUAAAGCAGGAAACGUAUUCUAAUUCUUCAUUCUUAUUCCGGGUGAGCUGAUCGUGGUACUGCCACCAACAAUUUUUUUAACCUCUUAUCUGUACGUAUAGUAAGAAAAUAUAUCUAAAGGAAGUCCCGAUCAGAAUAAUACUAAACGGUGAUUAAUCUAUUCUCAGUUACAGUGUCUGAACCUUCAUAUGUAAAUGAUCUUUUGAAAGAGUUUAUUAUUAACACAAUCCACAGGCCAAAGUGUCCAACAUGACAAGUUUUCAGUUAAAAAAAAACGAUUUGAUUGCACUUCAGAUGAAAUUCUUUCCUGUACAACUGUACGAAUUUAGUACUUCCGAAAAUGAACAAGCGCCAUCUACAGCAAAAUCAUGACUUUUCCGACAAUCCAAUAUUUAAUAUGACAUGAAUAUGUAUAUAUUUACAUAAAUUCUAGACAAUUUAUCUAUUUCGUAUGAUGACGAUGAUGAUGUCACUAAUGCAGGUCAGCAGGACAUACGGUCUUCCUCACAGUCUGACUUAUAUAUGGACGAUACAUCAUUUGCGUUUGUUCUCUGUUCGUGUCAUUCAUUUUAAUGAACUUUUAUGCAACAUAAAAUAAUUAUGUUUGUCGUCUCUCGGAAGAGUCAACCAAACUUUCAUUAUCUUCGUGCUACGCCAUGCUCUGGAGAGAAAGACAAAUUACUGCCUCGAUCUUUGCAGAAAUGUGUUUGGGUGAUGAACGUGUUUUUGUCUGUCACUCCUACCAAUCACCUGCUAAUUAAACUCGCAGGUGAGCCGCAAAUGUAUUAGUGUAAAUAAUUAUUUCAUGCUGUGUAAAUAAUUUAGUGAAUUUAAGUGCUGCUUGUAUUUAAUUUGCUCGCAUCAAAGCAUGUGAGCGGUAAGUGCUGAUGAGAGCCAAUAAAGCACUUUCAU